AUGGACGCUGAUUCUUGGGCUGCUCGUCUUUCUUCCGCCUCCAGGCGUUAUCAAUCUGUUCUUCAAUCUCGAUCUGGGAUGAAAUGGGAUGGUCUGAAUGCAGAAAUGUUGAUGGGAUUCGAGGAAUUUGACAUGGAUGAUGAUGUAAGGGAGGAGUAUCCAUGUCCUUUCUGUUCGGAAUAUUUUGAUAUUGUGGGACUCUGUUGCCAUAUUGAUGACGAGCAUCCUGUAGAAGCAAAAAAUGGGGUGUGUCCAAUUUGUGAUAUGAAGGUUGGUGUUGACAUGGUUGCACAUAUUACAUUGCAACAUGGGAAUACCUUUAAGAUGCAGCGCAAGAGAAAAUCACGUAAAGUUGGUUCACAUUCAACACUAUCGUUGUUGAGGAGGGAACUAAGAGAUGGAAAUUUGCAGUCUCUCUUUGGAGGGUCUUCCUGUACAGUACCUUCAAGCAAUGCAGCUCCAGACCCAUUGUUGUCAUCAUUUAUUUUGCCAGCGGGUGAUGACUUCAUGAGUGUUCAAUCACACUCUUCAUCAGAGUCAACUCCGGUGAAGAAAAGCUCUGCUGGAAAUGUUUUAGAAAGAAAAAUCAGAGAAGCUCCCAUGUCUAUCAAAGAUCAAGAGGAGAAGGCGCAGAGAUGCGCGUUUGUUCAAGGAAUGCUGUUGUCUGCAAUUCUUGAUGAUAACAUAUGA